AGAUAAAGCACAUGCGCAUUUAAAUCUGGCCUGCACCUGCCAAAGGUUAAAAAGGUGGUGCACGAUCAUAAAACACCUUGGUUCUGUCAAGCCAAGCGUAUCUAAUGUGCACCUGGCCGAAAAGCAUGUUUUUAUUUCUGGCGCCGCUCCAGUUAAAAUGCAUGUGCUGUACCCAGCGUCUUUUCCUCCUUCUACCCUCUUUGCUUGCUGCUCUUCCGGAAGUAGAAUGAAAACAAGGAAUUAAAAGGGGAGGUGCGACCGCUUGUCUUCUCCGGCUUACUCAUAAUUAUGUCACGACAGCUUCAUUCACGCAGAACUGAUGGCGUCGAUAAAAACGUGUGGGUUGAGUUCACGCAGCUGGCAGCAGACUACAAAGCAGUGAACCUGGGACAGGGAUUUCCAGACUUCUCCCCUCCCAAAUUUGUCCAGGAGGCUUUUUGUGAAGCUGUGAGUGGAGGACCCCAGAUGCACCAGUAUACCAGAGCCUUUGGCCACCCUGCUCUUGUAAAAAGUCUGGCUAAAUUCUUCAGUAGGAUUGUGGGACAUGAGAUUGAUCCUCUUGAAGACAUCCUGGUCACAGUUGGAGCUUAUCAGGCUCUCUUCUGUGCAUUUCAAGCUCUGAUCGAUGAAGGAGAUGAGGUGAUAAUUGUCGAGCCGUUCUUUGACUGCUACCAGCCGAUGGUGAAGAUGGUUGGAGGAAAGGCAGUUUAUGUACCUCUGAGGCCUAAGGGAAGCUCCGUCCUGUUCAGUGCAGACUGGGUUCUUUCUGCCGACGAGCUCGCCAGCAAAUUCACUCCACGCACAAAAGCCGUCGUCAUCAACACUCCCAACAACCCACUGGGAAAGGUUUACAAGACUGAAGAGCUCCAGAUGAUCGCUGAUCUGUGCAUCAAACAUGACGUGCUGUGCAUCAGUGAUGAGGUGUACGAGUGGCUGACUUAUGAUGGAAACAAGCAUGUUAAGAUAGCCAGCCUUCCUGGCAUGUGGGAACGAACCGUCACUAUCGGCAGUGCAGGAAAGACCUUUAGUGCUACAGGCUGGAAGGUUGGCUUUGUCAUCAGCUCUGGAAAUUUAAUCAAACACAUGAAAACCAUCCAUCAGAACUGUGUUUACCACUGUGCUACAGCUGCUCAGGAGGCAGUAGCUCGUGGGUUUGAGAGAGAGUACGAGGUGUUUGGGACUCCAGAGAGUUACUUCCAGCAGCUGCCUGCGAUGUUGCACCAGAAGAGGAAGAAGCUGGCUGCGUGCCUGGAGAGUGUGGGUCUGCAGCCCAUCAUGCCAGAGGGAGGCUACUUUAUGAUCACAGACAUCUCCUCUGUCAAGGUGGACUUCAAUGACCAGAGCACUGACGAUGAACCCCGCGACUUCAGAUUUGUAAAGUGGCUAACUAAAGAGAAGGGUUUAGCAACAAUCCCUGUCUCCGCAUUCUACAGUCCAGAGCACAGCAAGGAGUUUGACAAGUACAUCCGAUUCUGUUUCGUCAAGGAGGACUCCACCCUGGACGCAGCAGAGGACAUCUUGAGAAAAUGGAGCCAGGGAAAAUAAAAUCGUCCACGAUAAAGUAUUUCCCGUCCAUCAGGAUUUCACCAGACUGCUUAGAUCGGCUUUGAUUACCUCCUCAGUUAAAAUGAGCCAUAUUCAGUGUUUCCGUGUUAAUGACACACUGCAAUACCUGAAGACAACAUCCACUUUCAGUUUGUCAAUUCAGCUGCACUCUUCAACAAAACAUGAUUUUUAAUGUUCAUGUGCAAUAACUUUCAGGACAUUUUUUUUUUAAAUAUUUGAAUAUUAUGAUUAUCUAUGUGAUUCUAAAUAAUGUAUUUUUCACUUCUCCUACUGUAAGUCACAUUUUAACAGCUCAGAUAUUUGUCCUCAAUCAGACCAGUCAAACAUUUAAUAAACAUUUUAAUUAAUGCACCA